AUGAGUGAGGCUAUAGUGAUAGCAGUGAAGCUGCUGGGACAAUCAGACGAUGUGCAGCCCGAGCCGUUUUAUAUCAGCCAAGGCAUUUCAUGGCGAGAUCUUCGAGCGAUGCUCCUGGCUCUGUAUGAUGACCAGCCCGAUGAGCUAGAUGUCCGCUACCAGGAUGAAGAUGGGGACCUGUGCAUUUUAAGCAGCGAUGAUGAGUUACAAGAAGCUUUCAGGGACGCAUCAACUACAGCUAAUGUGCUGCAGCUUAAUGUGAAGACCAUGGACCAGGACAAUGAUUAUGAUCCAGCAGAAGUCCAUAUGAUCCAUGUGAACCCUCACUCACUGUUCACUGAUGCAGAGAAGGAGGAACAGAGCCUGUUGUCUCCGGUACUGGAGAGACUGUGCAGCUGGCAUGUGCUAAACCAGAGGCCAUUGUUGAAGCACCGAAGGAAGUUGAGAAGUCAACCUGAAGUAGCCUCUGAGCUUGCCGAGACUGGCGAGGUGACACCCAAACAUGUGUUUGAUGAAGAGACUGGUCUCAUCCACAACCAGAUCCUGCCAGAGCCUAUCAAGCCUGCCUACCAUGAACCUGUGGUACGAAAGAAAGCUUGUUACUAUGAGAUUGAGGGCAGUGACCAGUCCUCAAAGGAGAUGGACAAGCUGAUAAAGCAUGUUGCAGACAAACUUGGUGAAAAUCAGGACCAGGAGUCGGGAGAACUGUCCUCCACAAAGUCUGAUGAAGGAGAUGGAGAGGCCAUGCCAUACCAAGCAUUUGUACAUUUCAUGGAGAAGCUGAAGCAAGAGCUGAGGAAUGAAAUUGUGCAUGACGUCACCAAGAAGACGGUCAAGCAGGUGCUCCGUGGCCUGGACUCAGCCUGGCCCUAUGGUGCCCGUGAUCGCAAGGACAGUCGCAGCUCACACCCUUUGUAUUUACACGAGAAGAUUUUGUGUGACAAGUGUCAGAAAACCAUCAUCGGACCAAGAUACAAGUGUGGCAACUGCCCUAAUUUCGAUCUGUGUGAAGAGUGUGAGAGCAAGCCGGGUAUUCACGACCAGGACCAUGUCUUCAUCAAGCUACGACGCCCGUGCCUGGACGCUGGGCUGAAGGAUGGCCGGAAGGUGCCUUUGUUGAAACACCUGUUGUAUGCAGACAACACUGAGAGACACACCGAGGAGCAUGACCGACUCCGAGCCAGGAAAGUGGCUGAGAAGUUGGCUCGGCGCCAGGAAAAGAUGAAGAAGCGUGAGGAGAAGGUGCAGGAAAAGCAGAAGAGGAAGGAGGACAAGCUGAAGCGCAAGCUGGAGAAACUGGAUGUCCAUGCAAUGAAGGACCACCCUCAGAAGAAGGAGAAGGUCGAAACCCAGGCACUCCCCUUACCAACUUUCAAGUACCCCUAUCAGGUUCUGGGAGCUGAGUUUGUGAGAGACAUCACAAUCCCUGACUACACACAUGUCCAGCCUGGAACUAGGAUGCAGAAGACUUGGAGGAUGAAGAAUACUGGCAGCCACCAGUGGUCAGCUUCCACCCAGCUGCGACUGAUGUGGGGUACUAUCCCUGCCCCCAAGACCGAGGUGACAGUCCCUGCCCUGCCCCCCAGCCAGGAGGGGAACAUCACUGUGGAGCUGAUUGCGCCAGAGGACCCAGGAAGAUACCAGAGUCACUGGAAGCUGUUUGACCGAGGGGUGAACUUUGGCCACAGAGUUUGGUGCUCUAUUGAUGUGGAGCCCAAAGAAGUCCUGGAGCCAACACGCCCAGACCAUCUGAAGAUGGUGGACUCCACAGAUGGACAGGCAGAAGCCGCUGUCUGCAAGGAAGAUGAAGAAGAUCCAGAGGAGAAGUUUGAGGAGCCUCAGGUUGAUGAUCCAGCUGAAGAAAUAUUCCUGGAGGCUGUAGAAGAGAAACAGACAACUCCUCUCAUCAUGGCGUCCAAGCUUGUCCCUGCCGCUGUUAUCCCAGAAGUCAAGGAAGAGGCAGUAGUUGAACCUACUGAGGUCAAGGUCGAGGAGAGUGAGGUUAAGGUUGAUGAGAGUGAGGUCAAAGUCACAGAAAGUGUGGCUAUACAGGUGGAAACUCAGAUGCUGGAGGCGGUGAGCAAAGUUGGCCUACCCAAGUUUGGUGAAGCAACUGCAGUAGAGGGAGUGGUUGACCUGCUUUCCUUUGAGUUCCUUGAUCUGUCAGACAGGAAGACCUCCAAGGCCUCUCAGACAGCAACCCCCAACAACACGCCUCUUGAUGUAAGUCCUCCCAAGUCUCCAGCUCCGGAACCCUUUAUUCCAGCAACUGUGUCCAACAGCAGCAGCGUGGAGUUGGUGGGCAGUGAGGCUGAGAAUAACCUGCCUCAUCUCACCGAGUAUGUCCAGCAGAGAAUGGCCAGUCUGGAGCUGAAACCAGAUACAUAUGAUGAAGCUGACAUCGAGUCUCUGAGCAGCCUGUCUCUGUCUGAUGAUGACUCUGACGACUACUGCAUCGUCCCGCUGCCAGACUGCUUCAACACUGAGGUGCCGCUCACACGCUCAGUAGCAGGCCCUGUGGAUGACAACCAGAACGAGAUUGGGGUUCCAGAUGAGAAUCUGUCAGAGGACACGAGCGUCACUCCUCAGCCCUCGCUGGACGAAAUGCUCACCACGUCCAAUGUAGUCUCAACCCCUGCUCUUGACCCUGAGCCAGCUGUCCAGAGAAAUGAAGACCCGGUCCCUCCACAGGAAGGGGAACAACUGCAGGUGGAUGAGACUGAGACAAAGCAGAAGCAGGUGGAGGAGGACGAGGACGAGGACGAGGAGGAGCAGAUGGAAGAAGCUUCUGCGGCUGUGCCGAUGCAGACAGCCAGGGUGGUGGAUGAGAAUCAGAACUCAGAAGAGGAUCGGGAGGGAACAUCUCCUAUUCAGUCUACUCCCUCAGAAUUUGUGAACCAGUUGUUCCACACAGCUAUCAUCGCGGCAACAAAAGCUGGCGCCAAGGCCUACAGUACCACCAAGGAUGUGUUCAACUCCAUGCAGGCCAAACAGUGGAAACCCAAUGAGAACAAUUGGACACCUCCCAAGAACACUUGGAAUCCUCCUGACAGUACUUGGACUCCCCCAGAGGACAAUUAUGUCCCCCCACAGAGCACGUGGACCGGUCCAAGCCCCCAAGAGCCCACGCCAGUGACCACUGACCCCAUGGUCCGUUUGAUGGAGAUGGGCUUCUGCAACCGUGAGCUGAACAAGGGGCUGUUGGAACGUUUCAACGGCGAUUUGGAGCCAGUUAUUCAAGAGCUCCUGCAGCAGGUGGAGAGGGAUUGGUCAGCUGCUCGACAUGGGUCAACCAAUCAGUGACCUGGGUUGCCAGACGAGAGAGAAAGACUGAGCGAAUGAUCAUGUCGAAAGGAGAGCGAUAGUUUCUAUUUGAACAGCGUCUGGUUGUUGUGUGGAGUGUGAUGCAAUUUCGACUGGUUGGAACAGAAACAUGGAAUGAUGUACAUAGUUGGAGUGAAGAUGUAGAUUAGGAUAUUAGCAUACAUUCACUUGUACAGCGAUCACACGAACAAGCAAAUUUUCUAUCAUACAUAUACACUGAUUAUCAUUUUCUUGCUUUGACAGUUUGGUAUUAUGUAUCCCCAUUUUUCACUGUGCAGUCUCGAAGGUCUUGUCAAUGAGAUUAUGCUUGAACUUGAUCUGUUCUUUAUUUGGCUUUGAAACUGAAUUUACCUUAUUGGUAAAUUAAUGGUCUUUCAAGGUUCUAGCAAAGAUCUUUCUUUAAGAUAUGCCCUGAAGAUGUGUUAUCAAUUCAUGUUAUUGAUCUAGUGAUGGAAAUAUUUAAUAAAAUGUUUCAAAUGUUGCUUUGUUUUACGUCAUCCAUUAUUGAUUGUUUUGACAAGAAAUUUUGGCUCACAAGGAAUGUAUUUGAAUAGUGAAUUAACUUAAAGCUAGACUGUAAGCUUUGACAUAUCAUUGUGAUUCUAAUGUGAUACGUGGUUUAUUUGCAAUGUUUAAUAUGUGUGUAUUUCUAUCAUUAUUUUAUGUCUGUAGACUAGGGUCAAGGUGUAUUGUAAUGUAUGUAAAACUGUGAUAGCUGAAAGGUGGGUACUUGCAUAUAAGCAUUAAACUGGGAUGCCGUGUCAAAUACUUUUAGUGUAUAUCUAGUCCACUUGAUUUUUCCGAUACCAAACUUUCGUUCCAUUCUUUCAGAAGAUAGAUUUUCGUUCCAGUUUUAUCAGCAGGCUUGAACUUUUUCUUUAGCAUGUUGAUAUGACCACAUCAAAUUAUUAAUUGUUCACAAACAAUUAUAAUUUUUGAAAAACUUAUUUCAUAUUUUGAAUUAAGGAUAUCAUCAAAUGACAUGUUUCGAUUGUUUACAGUAUUAUUUCAAAAUUGUUGAUAAGAUUUAAAAAAACAUCAUGCCAAAGAAGCUCACAUUCUCAUUUCAGUUGGGCAAAUAUAUAAAGUGGCAAGUGGAAAUGCUCACAAGUUUGUGGCAUUUAUCAUAGCACUUGAUAAUGAAUGCAUUCUUCGUUGAGAUAAAUCAGUGACCCCUGACCCCAAUAUUGCUGAUGCACAAGUCCGUCAUCAGCAAUCCCAGUUGGGUCAAGCAACCAGUAGUGAGAACUUGUUUAGUUCAGCUAAAUAACUGCCUCCCUGAACGGUUAUAUCUUGUUUAAGCUUGUAUCGGUACAAUCCUGCAGUGGUGAUUAGCUUGUAUAUAUUCCUGACACUAUAGCACCCUUUAUUAUCAUCUGUGUGUGGAAGACUAGAUGUUGUAUGCUUGAAAUUGGAUGUGAAAAAGUGGAAAUAUCCUUGCUUGUCUAAUGUCUUUCAAUGACAAAUUUGUCUUAACAAAUCAAAUCAGAUAUUUAGAAAAAAUAAAAUUAUGACAGUUAUGAUGCAGAAUAGAAAGAUGAAUGCGUCACUUAAAGUAUUAUUACACUCAGAUUUUCAACAGUUGGAUGACAAUUUAUGAUUACUCUAAAUAUUUAUAAAUGCAUUUUGUUUUAGAUAUGUUAGCCAUGUUUUUCUUGAGGUAUAUUUGGACAUGUGAGGACUUUUCUGCACUUACGUCAGAGGAUUGUGUUUGUUAAUCUGCAAAUUACUUAAACAGUAAAAGCAGACCUCAGCAAGAAAGUGCUAUUGUAGAUAACUUGAAGGUUUAUCAUUGUAUUCACUGGUAUAUGCAAAUGUUUCAUCUACUAGCAUAGUCUUGUUUAUUUAUUAUGCAUGAGUUAUUUGUCAUUCUACAUUUUCCAUGUUGAGAAAAGCUGUCAAACAUUUUCAAAGACGGUGAUUUCUUUUUUAAUCUUCUGUUUCUUGGUUGAUUUAAUAAGUACUCACGAAAUAAUGCCACUGAUUUGGUUUUGGAAUUUGUUUUAAAAACUGUAAGCACAAACAAGCCACCUGUAUCUUUACAUAUAUAUGUUGAAAAUGUUUGGCUCAGCAUACAAUACACUAAGUAAUGCAAUCUGUUUCUUUGGCUGUCUCUGUUUAUAAAAGCUUGCCAGCAUGUUUUCACCAAUCUGUACCUCAUUUCUAUAUCGGCUGUCAAUAUCUGUGUGGGAUAUAUUUUCCUUUGUCGACUUGCCUCCCUUGUAAACAUGUACAGGAAUAUUAACCUAUGUAUACUAGUUGCUCCUGAUAAAUUGAAACCUUUUUCAAUUAGUUAGAAACUCAGCAUUGUGAAGUUUACUUACCAACUAAAUGUAUGUGGAGGUAUUUUUCAACCUGUACAAAAUGACGGAGGAUAUGUGGAUCAGGUAACUGAAUUUUGUGUUUAUACCCAUGAGACACUAUUCAUAUGGUGAUACCAAGAACUGUCUUUCCCAGACAAUUAAGUCAUUUGAAAAAUAAUUGAUCACUCAAAGCAUUUAAUGUUUGUUUAUAAGCUGAAAUAAAUCUAACCAGGUCUUUGAUAAGCUUGUCCUCCAUUACUGAGUUUUUAUAAUUGUUUGCUGAGAUGUUUGAUUAUGUUAUUUCCAGCCAAACAAGCUAUUGUUUAGAAUUUGACAAUUUGGUAUCAAUCCAAAGGUGGUUAACUAAAGACCAAUCCUUGAGUUUUCAUGUUACUACUAUUUAUGCUAUUUCAUAAAAUGAUUCCCCACAAAAAAAAUGUUAUACAGUGAUUUGUAAACUGUUCAUGUUGCGGUAAUGAUUUACAAAAAUCAGAUCUGUUCGAUGGAAAACAUUAGAAUUUGUAAAUCAUCUUUGUAAGUGAAUGGAGAUUUAUUCGACAAUAGAUAACAUAGCUCUAGAUAUUGCGCUGUGGAUGUUGAUAUUUUAUGUUUCUGUGAAUUUUGACUUUUGUUUUUUUGUGUCUUUGUUUGGAUUUGAAGACUCCCCCCACAGUAAUAAUAAAAUGUCAUGUUCAA